AUGACCUCGCAGGGCCACGAUUACAAGCAAGCCUUCAUCAAGAAAUGGGCCAAGACCGCCCUACGACCGUCGCCUCCCUUGAAGAUUAACGAAGCCAUGCACGAUCCUCUAUACCGCGACUGGGAGCCAAUCGAGGUCUUCCAAGACACUGGAAGCUCUACAAUGUACCAAGAAGACCCCGAGGAAGACGUGAGCGCCAUAGUCACGCCGCAUUAG